AUGGAAACCAUUUUCAUUGAUUACUGCCUUCAGUUGGUCAGGAUUGAGAGCAGAAAUUGUUCUUUCCCUCCACCUUUCAUUCUCUUCCUUUCCUUCUUUUUAAUUCCCUUCCUCUCUCAUGCAUUCUCUUCUUUUUUCUUACAAUCUCUCAUUUGUUCUCUUCCUUCCCUUCUUUUUCAUUCCCUCCCUCAUUCAUUCUCUCCCUAUCCCUUUAAUUCCUUGACGUCCUCAUUUAUUCUCUUCCUUCCCUUCUUUUUCAUUCCCUCCUCUGUUCAUUCUCUUCUUUCGCCUUUAGCUCUUUCCCUCCCUCAUUGUCUUUCUUCCCCUCUUUUUCAUUGCCUUCCAUAUUCAUUCUUUUUCCUUCCCUCCUUCUUUCCCAUUAAUUUUCUCACUCCUUUAUUAAUUCUUACAUUCUUUUUUAUUUCCUUCCCCCAUUCAUUCUCUUCCUUCUCUUCUUCAGUGCCUACCUCAUUUGUUCUCUUUCCCCUCCCUAUUUUGUUCUCUUCCUUUCCUUCUUUAUUCUCUCUACUUUCAUUCAUUCUUCCUUUACUACUUUACCUUCUCUCUUUUGUUCAUUACCUUCCUUUUCUUCUCUGUUCAUUUUCCUACUUCCUACCCUCCUUCAUUCAUUUUUUCCUUCCUUUUCGUUUUUCCUACCUUUCUACAUUCAGUUUUGUUCUUUCUUACAUUACUCCUCUCUUUCAUUUAUCUAUCCCUCUUCCUUGCCUCCCCCAUCUCAAUUAUCAUAUCCUCUUCAUUCAUUUUUGUUCUCUCCAUUUUCUUUUCCACUAG